CAGGCCCCACCCACGACAGCCCACAGCUGGCUGCUGCCCAGCCAUGGUCACAGACAGAGGGCAGCCAUCCCCAUGGUCCCUAGAUCCGGUGAGGACCACUGUGCCUGGAGUCCUCUGUGGCCAUAAACCAGGAGGAGAAGGCUGCCCACCCCACUGCGCCAGAGAUGGGGAGGCUGGGGCUGCCCCAUGGAUUUGGGCAAGUACCUCUGCUCCCAGGUUCCAGGCUUGUGAGGUGAAGACGUGAAGGGACCCUGGAGGCCGUUGGGGACCCAGGCACAGGGCGGGGGCCUCUUGCCCUCCCCUGGGUCAAGGAGAUUGGUGCCUUUCCCUGGUGGGUUAUGGAAGGUAGGAUCCUCCUUCUCUUCAGAGUCCAUUCAGGAGCAGGAAAAUUCACCUCAGACCUUAAAUCCAGCCAUGUCAUGCCACGUUUAACGCCUCCAGUGACUUCCCUUGGGACUUAGGACAGCGUCUGGCUCCUUCCCUCAGCUCAUGGCCCUCAAGGUCUGCGUCACCCACACCCCAGCUCUCCCCGCUGGGUCUCACACUCGCUGGUCCCUCUGCCUGGGACCGUCUCCCUCCUGGUGUCCUCUCCGUGGUGCGUCCUUCCUGGCUCUGCACUUGUUUGUUGUCUGUCCCCUCUGAAUUCAGGAACUGGUCACCGUUUUCACCUGGUAGGCUGGACGCUUCGUGGAGGGCUCCAAAGCUGGCCGAUUGGGCUUCCUCCGUUUCUCCCAGACCCCGCGUGUUGCAGUGAGAGGAGCAUUUGUGUCUCUGUGGUUUGCUGCUGAAGCUGAUGCAGAGAGAAGCAAGGGAGACAAGCCUCUCCAGACAGGUGUGGGGCUCAGCCAGGAGGCAGGAGACACAGACCUGCCCCGGGCCAGGCAGGUCACAGAUGCACCACCAGGCACUCUGUGUGGCACUGGGCACAGGAAUUCUGGAAUUCAAUCUGCAAGGGUGGUAGGUGUUGGUGGUCCCCUGGGAGAAGCCUUUUGAGUGGGCGUUGAGCAGGCCGGUAUCUCAUGCCCUGAGGAGGUGCAUGGGCGGCAUAGGCUUUCCACAGAAAUUACGUGGGUAUGCAUGGGUGUGGCUCUGCGCUCACCUGGGGGAGGACUUCUGGCUGGUGCUGGGGCGCUCUGUGUGACCCUGGCAGAAUGGAGCUUCCUGACUGAAAGAGGAAGAAGAGCAUGCCAAGCGAAAUUCCGUCUCUGGCACCCCACCCUGAACUACUCCACCUGGGGACUGCCUCUGGGGGUGGCGGGGUUCUGGCUGACUGCUGAGGCCCUGGGGGUGUGGGUGUGGGGCAUGGGACUUAGGAGGACUGGCCAGGUGGGGCCCACCACAUGCCCACCCCCAGUGUCAAGAGCUUCCCCUCUCCCUGUCCACCUCCUCCUCCUCUUCCUCAUGAUCAUCCUCACUUGUUGAGGACGUCCUGUGUGCCAUGUGGUUUAUAUGCCCAGCCUCAUUUACUCCUCAGAAUGACUCUAUUAGGUAGCUACUAAAACCCCCCACUUAACAGAUGAGGAAACUGAGGCCCAGAGAAGCUCAACCACUUGCCUAAGUUUCAAGUUUCCUCUCUCAAUUCUCCUACCCUCUCCUCUUUUUCUCCUCUCUCCCAUCCUUCCCUGCUUCUUCCUUAACUAGACAAUUUUUUCUUGAGCAUCUGCCAGGUGCUGGGAAGAUCAUGAUGACCCAGCUCCUUCUGAUCCUUUCCUUAACUGGUUAGAGGCCGGAGAACGUGCAAGUUCAGCUCCAGCUGACAAUGGGGCAUUGGUGGCAGCCCCAGGAGAACUUGUGCAGUUUGGCUGUGAGGCUGAAUCUGGCUGCAGGAAAGCAUGUUGCAGUCCGAGUGAUGUCUGGCCUGCUCACGGGCAUGGAGAGGGAGGCCCCUGUGCUGUCUUCUUGUAGACCCUAGACUGAUGGGGCCUCUGAAGCGCAUCCAGACACUGUGUGUGCUGCAUGCCCUCCCAACCAAUUCAUAUUUUUCUCCCCAUUUUCCAGUGAGAAAACAGAAUCUAAGGUUCCUGUUGGAACCCAGGAUCCACAGACCCUGGUUUUCCGUGACGUCAUGCUGCAGGGCACUGUACUCUCUUUGCUUUGGCUGCUGGGGAGCUCGGAAGGGAGCUUUAGGCUUGCUCUCAGUCACCAUAUUAGCUCAGGGGUUUGGGCAUUUUUGUUGCUGGCUCCUUUGGGCUCUUUCUCCUCCCUGCUGAGCUUCCCGGGGAGCAGGCCGGAUGUAAGUUAUCAACUAUAAAUAAAACCAAGACUUCCGUUCUGGCUCUC